AUGGAUUUUUGGAAAGCACCUAUUCGAUAUUCUGAUGGCAACCAAUAUGUAUUAAUAAUCAUUGAUCGAUUAUCUAAAUAUGUUUCUGCCCGGGCAUUAUCAUCAGAAAAUGCCAGAGACGCUGCCGAGAUACUAUUUGAAGACAUUAUAUUGAAACAUGGUGCAAUUCGAUUUAUACAAUCCGGCCAAGGUUCUCAUUUCAUAAAUGAACUAUUGUCGGUAAUCACACAAUUAACUGGUUGUAAACAGGUAUUUUCAAUUCCGUAUCACUCCAUGUCGAAUGGUCAAGUGGAACGAUUUAAUUCAAUCUUUUGUGAUCAAAUCAAGAAAUAUUAUCAUGAUAACAUCAAUGAUUGGGAUAUCUAUUUGCAAUCGAUUGUUUGGGCAUAUAAUUCGAGUAUUCACUCUGUAACUGGUUUUAUUUCAUAUGAAUUAGCAUUUAAUCGUCAACUAAUAUCACCGUUUGAAUUUCCAUCAUCUGAAAUUACAAUGUUAAAACCACACGAUUGUUGGGGGAAAAGCAAACAAAUUCAAGCAAGUGGUCAUUCAUGCAGCUCAAUUCAAUAUCAAACAACAACAACAACUGAGUAA